AUGUUGGAUUCGUUGAAAGGAUUCGUUGAUGAUUUCUUUGGUAAAGGGAAUCAGGAUUAUGAUGAAGAUGAUGGUAGGAAAAGAGAUUAUGGUGAAUUGAGUGAAUUACGAGACAGGAGGAAGAGAAGAAGAGCUGUUGCAGCUAAGGAGCGUAAUAGGAUGUUGAGAAUGAAACGAGGUGAUCCUGGUGUUGCAGAUGAGAUCUAUAGCAGGUCUCGUGGUUCCAGAGUUCAACAUCGGAGCUUGGAAGGAGGUGUUCAUAAACCAAGAAAUAGCGAUAGUGCUUCUGCUAGUUCUGCUGCUAACAAUUAUAAUGGUGGGACAAGAAGAAGACAAUACAGGGAAGUUUCUCCGGAAUUUGUUACUGGUGUACCACCAAGAAACAAUGGACGACUAAGAACUUUGGUAAAUUCUAUAAAAUCUGUAUUCUCCAAUGAUACCCAGGAAUUGAAUAUGAUGCAAAGGGCUUCUGAAAAUUUGAAUGUGUUGGUACCUGUAAGCCCUGCUUUAUCUGAGAGAGAAGAGAGAAUGUUGAUACAGGAUAGGAUCAUUAGAAGUGAAGUGUUUAGAAAAAAACUGAUGGAAAAAAGACAUGAUGAUGUACUAUUAGAACAAUUGAAAAGAGGGCGUAGUAAAACUGUUGACACUCCUGGGUACGUAUCAAGUAGUAAUUUGAAUAUUACUAAUGAUCAAGUAACGCUUUUACAAAAGAAGAUAGAUGAUAUGGAGGAAAAAAUAACGUCUUUAACAAAGGAGUUACAAAUAAGUAAGAAAAAAUUGAAAUUUGCUAAAGAAAAAAAUUUGUUAUUACAAUCAUUGUUGGAUGAUGCAAAUAUAGAUAGUGAAUAUGUGAAAUCAAGAAGAGAUAUAAAAAAUUUACAAAAGGAAAACUUGAUACCAGAAACAGAUCUCCCACCAUCGCCAAAAAGAACAGUCAAUCCAUUAUUCACAUCAAGUCCGAUGCGUAAACCUACCAUAGAGGCAAAUGAGGAUGAUGACAUGAAUACUGGCGAUAUAGGUCCUGAUGAGUUUUAUAGCAAAUAUCCUAAGAUUCCAGAGACGGAAACAUUGACACAACAUGGCAAAGAAAAGUCAUUGUCACCUAUUAGAAUUGACUAUUCGAAAUACUCGUCGCCACGUUAA